CCUCUUUAUAGAAGGAAGAAUUCUCCUUUAAAAACUUCCAUAUUCUUAUACUUCCCAACAGAAAGAAAGAAGACAGGAGACACAAUAUCAUCUUCUAAGUUCUUCAACAAGAAGUGUUCAAUUUUCAGAGCGGUUUUCCUUUCUGGGAAACCGCUCUUUUAACUGUUCUUUUCUUUCAAUCUGUUUGUAGUAUCAGUGCAGUGCAGAAUUCAUUUGCCACCCCAAGGAUUUCUGCAGGCAUAUGUAUGGUUUAAGGGGGUGAAAGAAAAGUUAUAUUAAAAAAAAAAAACUUGGGUUGUGUAUGCAUGGUUGAUUCUGUGGAAACUCAAGUUUUGGAUUGGCGAUUAACGCCCGAAUCAAGAUUGAUCAGCCUGCUGCUGUGUAUGCAGAGGUUAGUUAACAAGGCAGAGAAGGAGAAAUGUCAGGAGGAGGGUACUACUCCAAGUGCUCUGUUUCUAGGCCUGUGGAGUGGGUGAAGGGGAAAACGGUUGGGUCGGGGUCGUUUGGGAGUGUUCAUUUGGCGAUGAACAAGGCGACGGGGGGACUCUUUGUUGUGAAAUCUGCGGAGUCAGAGGCUGGGCUGCAGUUCCUCGAGAGCGAGGCUGAGAUUCUUGAGAGCUUGGAUUCUCCCCAUGUGGUGAAAUGUAUAGGGAAAGAGAUGUGUGGGGGUGGGAAGAAACUCAAUCUUUUUAUUGAGUACAUGGCCGGGGGGAGUUUAGCCGAUGUGACAGAGCAAUUCGGGGGGAAAUUGGACGAAAUGGUGAUCAGAUUGUACACUAGAGAGAUUCUUUUAGGCCUAAAGUACCUCCAUGAGAAUGGGAUUGUCCACUCUGAUCUCAAGUGCAGAAAUGUGCUCUUGAGCUCCUUAGGGGAUGUGAAAUUGGCUGAUUUUGGAUGCUCGAAAAGAGUAAAACAACAUUCUGCUGCAGGAAUUGCAGGGAGUCCAUUGUGGAUGGCGCCCGAGAUGAUCCAAGGCGGAGGGCUCGAUUGUGCCUCGGAUAUAUGGUCACUCGGGUGCACAAUCAUAGAAAUGGCAACUGGGAAUCUCCCCUGGGCAGGCAAGAUCUCAAAUCCAAUGGCUGCAGUUCUCAGGAUUGCCUGCAGUGAUGACAGGCCAAAUUUCCCCUCCCAUUUCUCACAACAAGGUUUGGAUUUCUUGGAAAAGUGCCUCGAAAGGGACCCGAAAAAGAGAUGGACAGCAGAGCAAUUGCUUCACCAUCCCUUCGUUCUCGACAAGAAUCUUGGAAAUAACAGCAGCUUUGUCGCAGCAGAGAAAUACGCUGCUUCUUCGCCCGCUAGUGUUCUCGACAAAAGUAUCUUCCCCGAGACCGAUUACUCAGACGAAUCAUCAUCCGACGAAGAAGACGAAGACGAGGAGGAUAGCCCAGUUCCAAAACCAUCUGGCAAUAGGUUCUUUCCAUUUUCAAUGCUAUGUGAGAACAAGAUUGGUGUCUCAGAACAGCAGCUUAGGUUUGGAGAGCAAUGGUCUGGCUCUGAAGAAGAGUGGAUCACUGUGAGAACAAGUUGAGAAAAGACAAACAAAAAAGUUGUGUUUGCAGUUUUGUGAGACCAACAACAAUCUUAGGUUGUGUCUGUUUAGUUGUACAGCAAGGCCCAUGCAAAGUUGUAUUUGCAGUUUUGUGAGACCAACAACACUCUUAGGUUGUGUCUGUUUAGUUGUACAGCAAGGCCAUAGAGAGAGACAGACAUGAGUAGAUAGUUAUGAAAAUGUAUUGAGGAUCAAAUUGACAAAUUGUACACUACACUGUCAUUUAUCUGUAGCUCUAGCACAUCAGCUUUUAUGGAUGUAUUAUUCCAAAGUCACUGCACUAUAGACAACAAUUCUUUUCCUAUUA